CGCCGAAUAAGGCGAAUAAGACCCGCCUGAAGGAAGGAAGCAGCCGUAGUUAUCAGCGACGGCGCUUCUUUAAAAUCAGUCGCUCACGAGCUGUAAUCGAGUAGAGUCGUUCUAAUCUAACCAGCUAAGCACCAUGUCUGAGAAGGAGAAGAAGGUCAAGAAGAAGAAGGCGUCGUCCAAGGAUGACACCCCAGCAGAUACCCCUGGAGCAGACACCCCGGCGGCACCGACCCCCUCGGACUCUGCGGCCGGCUCGCAGCGCGGCUCGACCCGCGGCUCGUCGUCCCGCAAGGCAAAGAAGGCCCCAUCCUCGGUCUUCGUUCUCUUCUCCCAGAAGCAGAUCGCCGAAUUCAAAGAGGCUUUCGCGCUAAUGGACAACGACAAGGAUGGUGUCAUUGGCAAGAACGAUCUCCGCUCCACCUUCGACGCCCUCGGCAAGCUGGUGUCGGACAAGGAGCUGGACGAGAUGCUCGGUGAGGCUACGGGACCGCUCAACUUCACCCAGCUGCUGACGCUGUUCGCCAACCGCAUGUCGGGUGGUGGCCAGGAUGACGACGAUGUCGUCAUCAACGCGUUCAAGGCCUUCGACACCAACGGCAAGAUCGAUGGCGAGAAGUUCCGCUUCGCCCUGACCCACUGGGGCCAGGACAAGUUCACCGAGGACGAGGUUGACGAUGCAUUCGAUCAGAUGGUCAUUGACGAUAAGGGCUACAUCGACACUGCUGCUCUGAUCGGCAUGCUCACCGGAUCCGAGGAGGGAGAGGAAGAAUAAAUUUUAUAAUUAAAAGCCAAAAACAAAACCAAAAAACUAACCUAAAAAAAAUCUAAACAAUGAAUUCUGUUUAUUUUGUAUAACUA